AUGGCUUAUUAUAGCGAAAAUAACGACGGGGAUGACCACCAGUCGGGACAGUAUGCCUGUGGAGUGGGCUCAUGGCGUCCCAAAUGGCUCCAGAGGUGGGCCACGGCUAAGAUGUUUAUAUUUGUGUUGGCAGUGCUGACCACACUUCAGGGCUCGGCCUUUGCCUACACCUUAGCCUCAGUCACGACACUUGAGAAACGCGUUGUGUCGGGUAUUAUACUCAUCGCCGAUGACGUGGCGGGACUUAUAUUCAAACCCAUAUACGGGUACAUCGCUAACCGCGUGCAUCGGCCCCGUCUUAUAGCCUAUUCGUGUCUGUUAACGGGAAUGGGAUGUUAUUUGGCUGCCUUUCCAUACUUUAUAUACGGGCCGGCGGUGCACCUAUUGGGCGCCUCCAUCAACGCCAAUAAGUCUAAUCUUGAGUUUUGUGAAAGUAAUCGGACUAUUGAUGAGGAUUGUGACCGAAUAGAGCAGUCGGGCUAUAGUUUCAUCCCGGUGCUCUUCCCAUUAAUUUCCAUGUUUCUCUAUGGCAUCGGAGAGUCAUCUGUUUAUUAUGUUGGGAUACCGUUCCUCGAUGACAGUGUCGAUAAAAAGAGUUCACCCAUGUAUAUAAGUCUGUCCGCAAUGGACCCUGGUAUCAAUGAUAAGAGAGACCCACGUUGGGUAGGAGCAUGGUGGCUUGGAUUUGUAGUAUUAGGCACUCUCAUAUGCAUAUGUUCACUACCAAUGCUACUUUUCCCUGCUGAGUUUAAGAAUAAAUCUGUGGUUAAUUCGGAAACCAAUAAGAAAUCACAGUUUACUACUAAAACACACAAAAAGCAAGAGUUAAGUCUGAGUAAACGUCUGUUACGUUUAGCCAAAAAUCCCAUUUACGUGUCGUACACAUUGGGCUCUAUAUUCCAUUGGUUUGCAGUUUUGGGAUUUUACACAUUCAAACCCAAGUAUCUCGAGUCCCAGUAUAAAAAGUCUGCCUCAACCGCCAACCUAUUGUCC